CCCGGGCCAAUGGCCGCCACGGAACCGCUGCUGAGCGCCUUUAAAGGUGCGGUGCUGCGGCUGCGGGGUGACGGCUCUCCGUGCACCGACGCUUCCCCGCACCUGGCGGCCGCCUGCGCGCUGCUGGAAGGAGCCCUGCGGAAGGGGCUGCGACAGCCGCUGUGGGGCUUCAGGAGAAGGGAUUAUUGGCAGUGCCUGGAGCAGCUUUCCCUCGGGGAGGGAGGGAGACCGGGCCCUCUCUCCAGCAGCCUCCAUAGAGCCUCUACCUGCACGAAGGCACUGACAGCGCAGGGCCGUGGCCGCUGCUUCCUGCGCUCAGCCCUGCAGUGCAAAGUGCUGGCAGUGGCCAUGCAGCAGCUGGUGCAGAGCCCUCAGCUCCUGGAGUUCUAUGACUCGUCGGGCUCCAUCCUGGGUAAUGAAGAGCUGCGGGAGCCGUUCCUCUCCCUGGUGCUUGUGCUGACAGAGGUGGAUUUCUCCCUGAACCUGCAGAACUGCAGCUUCUUGGAUGAGAGCUGGCUGCUGCCGGUGUGCAUCAUGUAUGACACGGUCCCAUGCCGAGAGCUGGGGAUGGUGGUGAGGUACGUGGAUGGCCGUGUCAUUGUCAUUGAGGUGCUUCCUGGGAGCCAGGCAGAGGUGGACGAGGUGGUGCUGGCUGGGGAUGUCCUAGAUGAGAUCAAUGGAUGCUCCUUGAGGAAUGCCUACAGCGGGCAGGCCGGGGCGAUGCUGCAGAAGCUGAAGGGACAACCACUGAGCCUCCGUGUGCUGCGGUGGCAGGGGCACGAUGGUGAGGUCUAUGAGCCUUUGCUGCCCUACCUGGAGGCCGUGAAGAAGAAGGAGCCCCAUUUCCAGCUCCAGUGUGGCCCCAGGCGCUGUGACAAGGGGGAGAAGCGGAGGGUGCAGGGGGGCAGGCUGCUCUACAACCUGCGGUACCUGGGCCGGAUCGGUGUUGGGAUGUUUGGAGGCAAAGAGGUGCUGCAGAAAGCCAUUCCUGCUGUGCUGGAGAGCAGCUCAGCACCACGGGAGGUUUUAUUUGAUGUGAAGGAAACGGAAAUCCUUGUACAAGAGAAGGCAUCUCCCAGGGUCCUGUUUCGCCACCCCUACCCUGCAGUCUCCUGCGUGGGACGCUGCCUGAAGACCAGCAGUGUCUUUGCAUUCUGUGUCCUUGCCUCCUCAGGGAGCCCCAAAGGGAGCACGUUUGACUGCCUGGUGUUUGCAUCGAGUUGUGAGCAAGAAUGCGAGGAAAUCAUCCAGAGAAUUGCUGCAGGAUUUAAACACACCGAGUGGUUUGUCUGAUAAGGGAGGGCUGUGGCUCAGCUCUCCUCAGGCUCUGCUGACCCAGCUGCGCAAGAUGCAGGCUCUGGCUCCUCAAACUGGAACUAGGAAGGUUUCCUUGUAGCAGGACAUUCCUUUUAGCAGGACAUUGCUGUGGAAGGAAGUGCAGCAAAAGCAUCUGGUCUUUAAAAAAAAAUAAAAUUGCAGGGAGAGGCCAGUGCUGACUUCCUGCGUGCCUUCAUAUAUGAACUACUGCUUUUCUGGAUUUUUGUCCCUUUGUCUGGAUUUUGCAGUGAAAUAAAUCAAGCUGG